AUGACCGACUCCCUCUCGCUCGGAUACUACCAACUGUUCCACAAGUACGCCGUUCUCGGAGACAAAAGAUGGCACUAUCUCGACAUUCCACCCACCAGUCCGAGCCCCGCUCUUCUUGGAUCCGGAAAGACCCUGAUGCUGUGCCACGGCUUCCCCGAUAGCUGGUAUGGAUGGCGAAAACAGAUUCCCAUACUGCGCAAUCUUGGCUACAGACUCCUAGUACCUUCCCAAAUGGGAUACACCCGGUCCGAAGCUCCCCUAUACCCCACACCUGAACCCAACGAAAAGGGCGAGUAUCCCGAGCUCGGUCUUGAGGAUGGAACCGACGCAUUGAAGGACCUGUACUGCUACACUGGCAAGUUCUACGCCCAGUGCAUGGACGAGCUGCUGACCCAGCUGGGUAUUCCCACGGUUACCAUCAUUGGACACGACUAUGGUGCCUAUCUGGGUCCCAAGCUGUACCUAUACUUUCCGCACCGGGUCGAGGCCAUUGCCACGUCUUGCUGGCACUACGUUCCUGCUCUGAAGAAGUUUUUUGCCAUCCCCGACUUUAUCAAGCUGGCUCCCUCAUUGUCCUACCAGGCAUAUCUUAUCGGAGAUGCUUCCAAGGACUUUGCUACCCGAGAGGGCAGUGAGCCGUUUCUGCGACAAGUUUUUGGCGGCGAGGGGUGGGGCGGCUCAGACUCCUCUGUCCAUAUGACCGAGCCCGAGUUCCAGAACUACAUGACCGAGUUUGCCACUGGUGGUCGCUUUCUGAGCUACAUGGUGUCCACCUACAAGGCUCGUCGACUGACGUUUGAGAUCGAAAAGCAGGACUUUUUGGACAAGGGCCGAACGCCCGAGAGCAUGCAAGUUGAUGUUCCGUAUCUCCAUGUCGGUGCUGAGCAGGACAUGGCCUUCCGGCCUCCGAUGAUCAAGAAUCUGCGAAAAUACGUCAAGCCGGGAAGGUUGGACGAGGUAUGGAUCGACGCUAGUCAUUGGCUCAUGUUCGAGAAGGCUGACGAAUUUAACCACGAGCUGGUCAAGUGGUUGGACAAGAUUCAUGGUUCCCAGUCGAAGUUGUAA